AUGAUGGACGAGCUUAGAAAUUCUUCAGGAGCAUUGCCAGCUCAUUUUAGAAGGCAUUCACAAAGGAGAUUCACAGAAGCCAACGCUGAACAUUUCGAAACUGAGACAGUCAAAAUGACAUUAAAUUCUUUGCCUAAGCUUCCAGAUGGUCAACGGCUUGGGAUUUACAGCCUUUUUGCAGUCUAUGCAAAUUCUAGCGACAUCAAUGCAAACAUUCCUACCACAUUAAUUAGAAUUGACAACGAGUCUUUAUAUUUACUAAAAACAAACGAGCAUGGCAAAAUUUCUUCUCGUCCUUGUCGUGAUGAUGAUUUUUUCCAUCCUUUCUGCCCCAGCUGAAUAAAUUAAAAAUAAAUUAAUUAUUUUUAAUAAAAAUAAAAAACAGUAAAAAUAUUUACAAAGAAAGUUAGAGACUAAAAAAGGAGCAACUUAUUUUUACAAGACCCUUUAUAAAGAAAGCACUGUAUUUAAUUCAAGAAAAAGCGCUGAGCUUUUCUGGAAGUCAUCUAAAGACUGGCCAGCUUUAAUUCAAACCUGCAUCCAAUCUAAAACGAAGCCGCCUUCAGUUACAAGAGCACUGUGGAGGGCAGGAAUGAAAACAAGAUACUACACCAUCAUAAAUCGUCAGCAGCUUAACCAAGAUCCAAAAGCUCCUAAAAAGUGCACAAUGCCGAGCAUGUAUCAUAGAAAAAGUCAAGUAGAUUUCAAGUACAUCAAUAUGAUUCACAGAACUUCUCGAUCUAUCAACAACCCUUACAAGGUCAAUAGAAAUAAAAUACUGAGGAUGAGGAAUUGGACUCAGAGAGGUGAACUCCUAUGGAGCAGGUUGAAAUCAUCCUGAUGAAGCUAUCAGGGCUCUGCAUUUUUUGAAGUAGGUCUUAAAUUUGGGAUGCCUUGCCUAGCUGAAGAUUUUCAUGUUCCUGCCAGAUGGGUAAAUAGGUUUUGCCUAGCACAUGGCAUUUCUCAUCAGGGCGCUUUACAGAGGUGGCUCUGAGCUAGAGGUAUCCCUUGGAAAAGUGGUUCAGGUAGGGAAUCCAAAAAGGUGACCAUUUGGAGCCAAGGUGAGACAACUAGUAGAUUUGCCUGCUUAUACCCACAAUAAUUUUUAACUUUAGUUUUACAAAGUCAACGUUACAACUCGAAAAAGCUUUGAUGAUAAGAAAAAGCUUGACCGUGCCGCUACUUUACAGAGCCGAGAAAAGCCAGCUCCUGAUCCUCAGGAGAAUUUAGGUAGCCAAAAUGAACUAAUUGUAAACACAAGGGCUCCAGAGAAUCUUCUCGUAGUAGAAGACCCUAUAAAGGAAAAUGACUUAGAGCCACUAGUUGAUGAAAUAAUUGAUUUUUUGAAUAUCAAUAUUUACAAAGACCAAAAGCUGAUAGGAAUUGUGCUUGAUUUCAUUAGAAAUCAAGACGAGCAGUGGUUUCUGCUAGACUGCAAAGAAAUUUCAACAGUAAGUAACUACGCCGUAAUUAAAAAUAAAAGGAAAGCACAGAUUAUCGGAAAAGAGACCAGAACAAGGCUCAGUAUUGACACAACUAAGCUGAAAUUCAAAAGCCACAAGACUGAGACUGACGAAGACAUUGACGAAAAACAAUCCUGCCCAUUCAUCAUGAGAUCUCCUCCUCCGCCGCCAUCUCCAAGCAUGACUAAAAAAUCAGCCCAAGAUCUUGUCGAGCGCUGAAACAAAAUAAAUGAAAAGCUUGAAUCAGUGAUAAGCAAAAGUCUCCCUAAUAAAUUAAAAAAUGCAAGUAUAGAAGAACAGAGCAUCAAGGCUUACCAAACAAGACUUACAAUGAAAAACAGCAUGCCUGAUAGUGAGCAAUCCAGCGUCAAUGAUAUUUCCCCAUUGGCCCCACCCACGUCAAAUUCCUUAUGGUCAGAUGAAAAAGAUGAGCAUAUUAAUAAAUGCUUAACUGAUGUAAUAGAAAAAUUCGAAGAAAUGAAUAUGAAUAAAGAGCUGCUGAAAGUAAAAAAACAGAAUUUAAUCGGGAAAUACGGAGGGGACGAGUUUUGGACGAUGUUUAUUGAUAGCUUAUAUAAGAAAAUCAUGUCGACUGGCUCUCCGUUGAAAAAGCAUUUUUUGAGCUCAGAUUUGUCAAUGAUUACCAGUGGGAUGCAUAAGGUCUUUAACGGCUGUGCGAGUCUGCAGUUUCGAAGGAAAAUUAAAGCGAUUCAUGAAAAUAUGGGGAUUCUUGAAAGUGAGUUCGCGAUUUAUUCAGGGUUUUUUGAAGACACACUCAAUGAGUUUAACGUAGAAGAGGGAGAUAAAGAAAUGAUUAUGUCUCAGAUAAGGCUAAUGAAAAGCUUGAUAUGUCAGCCACUGAGUCAGCAAAGUAACUAA